UUAGUUUUUUUUUUCCCUGUCUUGAUGAAUUGUUGUCCAUUGUGACAUUUUGCUCGCAGUUGGUGCCAGCCUUCUUUGCGUUCUGCUUCGCAUUGUUGGAUUUUGUUCUUGUUUGCUGUUUGGUUCCGUGCGACUUGACAAGGCAAAGAAGCCGCCCUUUUCACCUCGCAUAGUCAGUUUGAAGGGACUUGCCUUUCGACCUCGUUCAGGAUGGGGAAGGCGUCCGUGAAGGUUCUGCAAAAGAUCGUCAGGAAUGAUGCUAUGCACACUGAUCCCCCCGAGAUUUACGGAUGGCGCGUGUAUACGCUGGCCAUGUCGGCAUGCUUCGGUGCCAUGUGUUUCGGUUGGGAUUCCAGCGUCAUCGGCGGUGUCAUCGUCCUGGACGCGUUCAAGGCGGACUAUGGAUUGAGCCCGGACAGCAAGGACUACAGGUCCCAGGAUCUCGCGGCCAACAUCGUCUCGACGCUGCAAGCCGGUUGCUUCCUCGGCGCCAUCGUGGCGUCGCCCAUGACCGACGCGUUUGGCCGCAGACGGUGUCUUCUCGGCGUGGCCGGCAUCAUCAUGAUCGGCGUCAUCAUGCAGGGUGCGGCGUCGGGCAGCCUGGGCGCUCUCUACGCCGGCCGGUUCGUGGCCGGGUUCGGGGUGGGAGCGGCAUCGUGCAUCAACCCCAUCUACGUCUCCGAGAACGCGCCCCGCGCCAUCCGUGGGCUGCUCACGGGCAUGUACCAGCUCUUUAUCGUCACCGGAGGCAUGAUCGCCUUCUGGAUCAACUACGCCGUGAACCUGCACCACCGCGGCAAGACCUCGUACAUCCUCCCGCUCUCGGUCCAGGGCGUCCCCGCCGCCCUGCUCUUCAUCACCAUGUGGAUGUGCAAGGAGUCCCCCAGGUGGCUGGCCCGCAAGGACCGCUGGGAGGAGGCCAGGGCGGUCUUGUCUCACACCAGAAACCUGCCGAGCGACCACCCGUACCUGCAGGAGGAGAUGGCCGAGAUUGCCGACCAGCUGGAGCAGGAACGCCGCCUCGUUGGUGACGCCUCGUGGCUCCAGCUCAACAAGGAGAUUUGGCGCCAGAGCAUCCACCGCAAGCGUGCAAUUAUCAGCAUCGUGCUCAUGAUCUGCCAACAGAUGACUGGUACCAACGCCAUCAACACAUACGCCCCCACCAUCUUUGCCAACCUCGGAAUCAAGGGUCUCGACGGCCAACUGCUGGGAACUGGUGUCUAUGGUGUGGUCAAAGUCAUCUCCUGUAUCGCCUUCCUCCUCUUCAUGGCAGACUCCCUCGGCCGCAGACGUUCUCUCCUCUGGACCUCUAUCGCCCAGGGUCUUGUCAUGUUCUACAUUGGUAUCUACGUUCGCAUCGCACCUCCCAAGGACGGUGACCCUGUGCCUCCGGCUGGUUACUUUGCGCUCGUCUGCAUCUUUUUGUUUGCCGCAUUCUUCCAAUUCGGCUGGGGCCCCGCCUGCUGGAUUCUCGCGUCCGAGAUUCCUUCCGCCCGCUUCCGGUCCAUCAACGUCUCGUACGCCGCCGCGACGCAGUGGCUGUUCAACUUUGUGGUUGCCCGCUCGGUGCCAGUGAUGCUGAUCACUAUAGGUGGCAAGACGGGCUACGGUACAUACCUACUCUUUGGCAGCUUCGCCUUCACCAUGUUCUUCUUCGUCUGGUUCUUCGUUCCCGAGACCAAGGGCCUGUCGCUCGAGGCCAUGGACGAGCUCUUUGGUGGGUCCCCGUCGGGCGAAACCCUCAAGAAUACGCAGCUCAGCGAGAACGCCGACGAGACCACGGUGGUCCCCAUGCCCCCAAAGCAAUAUGGCCUGGCCUAGUCGCCUGAGGCUGAUAUAUACAUGGGAACCCCGUCAAAACUCGGCAUUGGUCAAAACAUUUAACAUUCGGGAACUUAAAGCAGCGAGAAAGGGAAUAAACUCUUUUGGAAUAUUAGCGAGGAGUCUCGAAAGAGACUCGGACAGCCUUGAGAAUGUGAUUUUAUGUACAGUAGGCAAUGCGGUUUGUCCGAAGCUGAUACCAACGGAAUGGCCCCUGGUGGCUUUUUAUCCCUUUUCAAAAAGUGAGAAAGCCCAUUCAUAAAUUUAAUAAAGCCUCAGAUAAUUGUGGCCACGGC